GCAAAGUUGUCUCGUUUGGUAUGAUGUUGAAUUAGAUUUUUCUUUAUUAUUGUUUUGCUUUUGUGUAAAAAUACAGUGUUCAGUUUUUAAAAAUGAAUUUGUCGGAGGAGAAUAGCUUCGGUAACGGUUUACUCUACGUGGGAUUCAACCAAGAUCAAGGUUGUUUCGCUUGCGGAACGGAGAAUGGGUUUCGUGUGUUUAAUAGCGAUCCGUUGAAAGAAAAAGAGAGGCAAAAUUUCGCUGAGGGUGGACUGUCGUAUGUAGAAAUGCUGUUUCGGUGCAACUAUAUGGCGUUGGUAGGUGGUGGAAAAACGCCUGUGUACCCUCCGAAUAGAGUAAUAAUUUGGGACGACUUGAAAAAGGACUCAGCGAUAUCACUUGACUUCAACAGCCCGGUAAAAGCUGUGAAACUUAGGAGAGACCGAAUUGUUGUUGUUUUGGAAAACUUGAUAAAAGUGUACACAUUCACGGCCCAGCCUCAGUUGUUACACGUCUUUGAGACCUGCCAGAACCCACGCGGACUGUGCGUAGUGUGCCCUAAUAGCAAUAAUGCCCUGCUUGCUUAUCCCAGUCGGAAAACUGGACAUGUGCAGCUAGUAGAGCUAUCGAGUCAUGCAAGCUCCAGUACGACCCCAGAAGGUCAUCUGAUCACAGCUCAUGAGGCUCCACUGAGCUGCCUCGCGCUUAAUGUGGGUGGCACUAGGCUAGCCACAGCUUCCACUAAAGGCACUCUCAUUAGAGUGUUUGACACAACUACUGGACAGAAACUCGCUGAAUUAAGAAGGGGCGCUCAUCAGGCUACAAUCUACUGCAUAAAUUUUAAUCACAGUAGCACUAACCUAUGUGUGACAUCAGACCACGGGACUGUUCACGUUUUUAGCUUGGAAGAUGAAAAAUUAAAUAAACAAUCAAGUUUGGCCACUGUCAACUUUUUGCCAAAGUAUUUCUCUAGCAACUGGAGUUUCUGCAAGUUUACAAUACCUAAUGGGCCACCGUGUAUUUGCGCGUUUGGUGUGGACAAAAGUUCUAUUAUUGUUAUUUGCGCCGACGGCUCCUACUACAAAUACAAGUUUAACGAAAAAGGAGAAUGCAACAGAGACGUCUACGCCCAAUUUCUGGAGACAUCUGAAGAUAGAUAAAUGUGUACUAUUUUCAAAAUUUCUAUGACAUUAAGGAAGAGAUUUUCAAGAAAUUAGUAAUCCAGUUGUAAAAAAAUGCAACAUCCAAGCCCGCUGAAGCCCCGCUAAUGUCCCGCUGCCGGACCGCGCCCCGUCACUGACGCUCUGUGUGGACGGUUGCAUAGAACUUAAUGUAUUACAACACCCGCGGCCUCACCCGCCCCGCGUUCGCCACGGGCCCGGGCCGCGCUCACUCUGCCUGUUUAUCAUGCCGUUCGGCCCCGCACCGCA